AUGGGUACUGAACAGUCAUCUCUUCCACCAGGUGCAGUUCCCUUCUUUAUUAUGGUUUAUGCAGAUAAGAAUAGGUUAUCAUCCUUUGGAACUGCCAAAGGCUAUCCAGCAAUUGCAGUUUGUGCCCACCUUCGAGGUCUUAUCAGUGCCCCCCUAAUUCCUGCAGGAUUCCGGUCAUUCCUGCGGAUUCCGGUGGAUUCCGGAGGAAUGAAAUUUAGCAGGGAGGCCUGCUAUUUUCUUCAUUCCGGUGCUUUACCAUUCCAGCGGAAUUUCGGCAUUCCGGAAUUGUGA